AUGCACGAUCCGCAAGACCUUGACUUUGUCGGUGCCCUCUCCACCCUCCUCGGCUGUGUGCUCGCCUCGCAGAUCUUCUCCUCCUCGACAUCUUCGAGCAACAGCAUCUUCAGCGGCUUGAACGGAUGGGCGACUCUACAGUGCAUAUUGGUAACGUGGGGGACCAACAUCGCUAUCAACUACGGGAACGAGUGGUCCGACUAUGCCCUCGAUACGCCAGGUCAACAGGAGAGUAUCAGGCGGGACGUCAACUUGCGCGAGGCGCUCGCUAAGAAGGCCAAAGGAGAGGCGGGAGGAGAGACGGGAGGGGAGGAUCUCGAGGAAGCUGCGAAACAGGCAAAUUCGAAGCUUUAUGGAAAUACCACGAGGAUCAUUCAUGAUGGGACGUUCCACCCUCUCAUCAUCUUCUCGCGUGCAGCGGACCCCGCCCUCUCUGGCGCAUCGUUGGGAAAUGGAGCAAGAACACCCUUCCGCGGUUUGGCGCUCCACCUCGGCAUCAUAUGCACGAUCCUCUCGCACUCGUACGUCGGGCCUCCGCUGCGCCUGCACUACAACGGCUUCGGCGAACUCGUCUCUGCGCUGUUCCUCUCGCCCGUCGCUGUCCUUUUCGGCCUUGUCGGCCACUACACAGCCUCAACAGGCCGCCCAGUCGCGUGGUCCGACCUCUUCACGUCGAACUUGCCCACUCCCUCAGGCUUCACGCUGGACAAGUCGCUCUGGCUCCUCUUUGGCGCGUUGUACUUCUACGAACAAGCGAGGAUCUUCGUCAUGCACAUACACGACAUUGGCACCGACAUCGCCGGUGGAAACGGACCGAUUCCCAGAACACCAACCUAUCACAAGGUAUUCAAGCUCGCCGUAAAUGGGGGUCGUUCAAUAAUCCUGGCCGAAGGGUUAAAAUAUGGAUGUGGUCUUCAGUAA